ACUUCACUUCCGGUUCACGCUGCCAGAACCCGGAAGCGACGUUGGAGUUUGUCCUCCCAGAACCGAGAAGAUUGACUAUCUGGGGGGAAAUGGUCCCCUGGGCGUGAGAUCAUCCUCAGGUACCGGGUGGAUAACAGGGUAUGUUGGAUUAGUGAAUCCUUUAUAACACCUCACUCACUGCUGGCUCUUAAUACUCUGGAUCAUAUAGCUUCCAUGACAUCCCACAAUAUAUUGAAUUAUUAUUAUUAUAAUUAUUAUUAAUGUUUAUAUGGCACCAGCAUGGUAUCAGUCCUUUACAGGGAAGCAGUGGGACUAUGUAUCAAAUCAUUGAAAGACAAUAAUAAUAUUGAAGUGGUGAAGAAUUAAAGUAUUUCCAGAGCCUCCUUUAUAUGUUACAGAGGAGGUUCACUGUGGAAAUAGAUUGUAUAAGAUUAUUGUUAUAAUAUAUAUAUAUAUAUUAUAUUAUUAUUAUUAUUAUUAUUAUGCCAUUAGUUUGGAUAGUGUCUGUCUGUCCUCGGGGUCAAGUAAAUGUCUUACUUUAUUGUAAAUCUCAUUGCCCUCACACAUCUGGCUGAGUGUGAUAGGUAUUAGGAUCCUAUUACAGUUUGUUGACAUUUUUAGAAUAUUGACCAUGUACGCUUGAUUCCCGGCUUUGAUCAAUAUUUCUUGCAUUCUAAAUCUGGUAUUUUGUUUGCAGCUAAUCGAUGGCUUAGCUCCAUGACAGAUGCACAUCUGUGCAAACAAGUUUUUGCGAAAGCUUCCCCUGUGGAAAUAUUAAAGCUAAUAAGGAAACUGGACAAGUGAGCCCCCGUGUAAACAACAAUUUCGUAUAAAAUUAUAUUUUACAGGUAAUUAUACAUAUUUAAGUAGUUUUUACUGUACAGAUAGACUGCAAAAUGUUUUGGGGGAAAAUGAAUGAUUAAUAAGACAAUACAGAUUUGUUAUGUAAGUUGCCCUUAUGGAAAUGACUAUUGAAAAGGAGCAUAUGUUUUGAUGUAUACGAUGUAAAUUGCCCCUAAAGACAAAGGACUAUUGUAAAGGAGCAGAUGUUUAGAGGUAUACUAGGUCACCUUAUAAGAAUGGGUUAGAUGGUGGGGAAACUGGAAAAUUUACAUUUUGAAAAAUGAUGAAUUACAUUCUGUGAUUAAAUUUGCUAAAUCUUGCUCACUUGGUUUAAUGUCAGUUAGCUGAUGUUUAGAAAGCACUCCCACAUAGUGCCAAGACGUUUCUUUGCAAGGUUGCACUGUUGGUCAGGGAGUGUGCCACAUAUGUCCUAAAUACCAAUUAUACACUAGAACACCCCUUAUUUCCAACCAUCAAUGUAAUCCUAUAUUUUCAUAAUGACCCUGCUGAGCAGUCUCUCAAAGUUAGCGCUUUCUGGAUAUAUCAAACACAGAGAAAGGAGAUUUUGAAAGGUAGGUAGUCUACAAAAUGUUCUGUCCUCCAAUAUUUUCCAUAAUUGAAGGACCACUGAAAUUUACCCAGGCCACUUCAUCUCAAUGAUGUGGUCUGGGUGCGGUGGCUCUUUAGUUUUAACCCUGCAGUCCAAAACAUUGCUAUUUAGUAUAAAAGCAAUGUUUAUAAAAAAUAAAGUUAUCAUUGCAGGGUUAACACAGCUCUAGUGGCUUUCUUCUUGACAGACACUUCCCCUGUAAGAACAGAGUCAGUCUGGGUUCUCAAUCAAGUGUUGCUCAUGAGCACAUUUGAUUGGUGUAGCGUGACAAUUUGCUAUGCAUGUGCACUAGACUACAGGUUUGGCUGAGAUCAUCAAUCUUGACUUACAGUGAUAUUUCCAGAAAAAUUUUAUUAAUUCAUUUUUGGGACAUUCUCAGAGCUAUUUUGAAUGUGUGUCAUAAAAAUUUUAGUGUCUCCCUUUCCCCUCCAAAAUGAGUAUCUCAUAAAACAUCUUUGUCUUUGUAUUUUUCCUAUUUGCAAUAUAGAUAUAUAUAUAUAUAUAUAUAUAUAAUUUUACCAACGCUGACAUGCCAAUUAAUCAGGCUAUAUUGCUCAGGUAGAGAGUUGCUUCUGGGUCUAAAAUGGUUUGACUACUUACAUCGGGAUGGGAACCUAUAUCAAACAUUACAAUUGUUUAGUUCGUCAACAUGUAUAUCAGGAUAUGUUUUAAAAGACAAUCCUUUUUCAAGAACUCACAGGGCGUCAGACUUUGGGAUGAUGACCAAAAGCCAGAAUCAGAAAAAUAAACAGAUCUUGAAUCUCACCCUGAAGAUUAUCUACUUGCUAACUGGAGAGGUGAGGACCUUCUGAGAAUUUCUUCAUGACAUUGUUUUUAUUCCAAUAAAACAGUAUUUUGUCUGACAUGUUUAAAGGGACACUAUAUUCCCCAGAAAAACUACAGCUUAAUGUAGUUGUUCUGCUGUCUACUGCCUGUCCCUGCAGGCCUUUUAAUGUAAACACUGCCUUUAAAAAGAAAAUGCAGUGUUUACAUUACUGCCUAGUAACACCUCUAGUGGCCGUCGCUCAGUAAACAGUAGUGUGUCGCGAGUCAUAGCGUGUGUAUAGAAGGUUGUGUAGGCUCAUCCACUGACUGUGUGAGGAAAGUGUAUCUAGCGUUACAUAAGUGUGAUUAAUUCCGAUUAGGCGAACAUUUCACUAUACUACCUGCCCUAGCGAAGAUUAUUAAGUAGCUUGAAACCACAGUAGGAGAGGGCUUCAGUCAGGCAAGAGUGAAAACAUGAAAAUAAAAGUGUUUGUGAAAUAGGCAUAACGUAACACAAAAUAAGGCAUAUCUUCCUCUUCAAUAUUAUAUUUAGUCCUUUUCGGUUCUUCUUGGACCCAGGGUGCGGUUUAACGUGCCAGCCCCUUAAUACGGAGAGUGAGCAAUCAUCUGAUACCCCUGCGAGGAUUAUUGCUGUGGUUUGGGUUUAGUCCCGAUGGGGGGCUAGUGCAGCAUCAUGGAAGUGAGGCACCACUUUGGCCCCGGAACUGUGUGUUAGCUGGUACCCUGUUGCCACGAGCCUGGGAGCCAUUGAGGUCCAGGAUCUUCCCUGUCGGUGUGGUGCGGUAUGCUGGGUCUUGCAGUCUGUUGCUGUCGGUCAUUUCUUUUGCCUUGUGGUCCUGCACCUGUGUGGCCAGGACCUGUGGGUUGCAGCCCUUGUUGCUCUCAGCCUGGGUGGGCGUCUUGUGUGGGUGGCUGCAGUGGGGGGUAUUCGUGUGCCCUGAGGUGGUUUUCCCGUCCUCCUCUCUGUGCGCAUGUGGACCUGUUCCAUCAGAAUAAGGGUAGUCAGCGUUGGUCCAGUAUAGGUCAGCAGAUUGGCCCAGAAUCUGUCAAAAAUAAUGUCAAUAGAGUCUCUUACUGUGUUGCUGGGGUCUGGCAAAUCCUGCUGUAGCAUGUGCGUGUCGAUGGACUCUGGGUCUGAUGUGACCGCCAUUUUGGAGACCUCUGUGCCUGUGUUUUUCAUGAGGCCUAUCCUCUGCAAGGUAUGUGGUGAGGGGUGCUCCUUCUGGCAGGGACCGGGAUAUCCCCCACUGGUCUAUAGGAGGUGGGGGGGAUGUGUCGCUUGUUUGCUUGUGGCUUGUAGCAGUAAGGAGAAAGCGUCCGUCCUUCCCCUCCGCUGUCUCCUUUAGGCCUCUACUUGCAGCUGCUGUUCCUGGUCGUUCCGGGCGUCGAUUUUGGUAUCUACGGGUACCUACAGGCUUCCCCCAGCACUGCAGCCCGAGUAAUCGUCGACACAUAGAAUUAAAAGUUGAGUUGUGAUACAGGGGUUACAGCGACAUGAGUGCAGAUAAGACAGGUUUAAUAGAACAUAGACACCAUUCUUGCAGAGAGGGUCAUAAAUAUCUUAUGCGAAGAUCACAGAGUGAGGGGGGGAGAGAGAGAAAAGAAAAGUGGAUGGUGCUAGAAAGAGGAGUAUUAAUAUAAAAAAUGCAUGAAUUCCCAUCCAAGAGUUACAGGAUAUGCAUGAAGACCUAUAUCCAGCAUACACAGACUCAUGUACAUAUACACAAGUAGUGCAUAUGUACAAGAAUACACAAGAACAUACACACUAUACACCAGUACAUACAAUAUACUUAUAAAUACAACCAAAUGCUCAAAUAUAUGUACAUACACACCUGUACAUGUACCUAAACAUAUACCAAUGUGCCUGCACAUACAUAGACCCAUAUAUAUGUAGGUGUACACAUACACCUAUUCACAUAUACAUACAUGUGUAUAUAUACACUUUAUACAUACAUACAUACACACACACACACACACACACACAAAUACAUACAUGUAUACGCAUACAGAUAAAUACAUGAAUACAUAUACAUACACACAAACAAAUAUACUUGUAUAUUGAUAGAAUAAACAUAUUGGAAUGCAUUUAAAAAUGUUGAUACAUAUGACAGAACAGUAAGAUAAUGCUGGGGGAGUGUUCAUCUAAAGUUUUGGUAGUGGGACAGGAAGCCCAAAUCAAUAUUUAGGCCUCUAUUCUUGCUGUUAAACAAUUUGAUCAUUCUGGCUUCAAACGUUUUUUCUUUCUUGGGUAUUUAUAAAAAAAAAAAAAAAAAAGAUUUUUAGGUCCUUCAUUGAGUGGUCAGGCUGGUUAAAGUGCUGUCUCACAGGAGUUCAGUUGAUUCUUCUUUGUGAUGUUUAAUGGAGUGUCUGUGCAUAUUCAUUCUGCCAUUUAUUUGAUGGGUGGUUUCCCCAAUGUAGCAUCCUAGGUGGCAUUUGGUGCAUUGAAUCAUAUAUACCACAUUGCUGGAUGUGCAGGAGUAUGAUCAUUUAAUGCUGUAGGUGUUAUUGUUGUGUAUGGCUGUAGAUGGGGUAAUCUGCCACUCUGAUCCUCUCAACCGGACAGUUUGCUGUCUCCCGGGUGCUCGGGUCUGGCAUGUUGCGGACAGAGUGGAGGGAUUAUUGGGAGGGGCACCCAGCUGUCAUGGUCCAUAUUGGUAUCAAUGACCAAGUCAGAGGAAAAUGGAAGGUCCUAAAGAAUGAGUCCAGGGAACUAGGAAGUACGUUAAAGAAAAGGACAUCCAAAGUAGUAUUUUCAGAAAUAUUACCUUUGCCACGCACUACAGCAGAAAGGCUGCAGGAGAUUAGAGAGGUCAAUGUGUGGCUGAAGUCUUGGUGCAGGAAAGAGGGUUUGGGGAUUUUAGAGCACUGGGGCGAUUUUGCACUUGGGUACAACGUGUAUAGUCGUGAUGGUUUGCACCUAAACGGAAGAGGGUCUGCUGUGCUGGAUUUUAAACUAGUAGUAGGGGAGAGGGUCAUGGCAAUCUAGAAAGGACACAGAAAGGAGAUGGGCUUUAGCUCAGUAUAAGAGGGGUGGAUAUGGGGGAGGGGCAAGCUCAGAACAGAGGAGGUGUGUAAUAUUGAUAAAAAUUCACAGAAAGUACAAAUGACUCAUGAUUAUAUUAAAUGUAUACUUACUAAUGCAAGGAGCCUAAAUAACAAAAUUGGGGAACUAGAGGCAAUAGCAUACACUAAACAAUAUGAUAUAAUAGGCAUAACAGAAACAUGAUGGGAUGAGACACAUGACUGGGCAGUUAACUUAAAUGGGUACACGUUAUUUAGGAAGGAUAGAAAAACAAGAAGGGUGGGGGGGUAUGUUUGUAUGUCUACCGUGAGCUAAAGUGAAAUCUUAGGCAUGUGGAGUGUAGCGAGGAAAAUGUGUAAGCUUUAUGGGUAGAUAUCUGCUUGGGAUAUGUUCUAAACCACCUAAUGUAAAUAUUGAGGAAGAACAGCAGUUAGAGCAAAUUGGGAAACCUGCAAAUCCGGGUAACACGUUAAUUAUUGGAGAUUUUAAUUUCCCAGACAUUAAUUGGCAUAGAGGGACUAGUAUUUCAGCAAGGGGAAUCUGGUUUUUGAAUGUGUUAAAUGACAUUUUCAUGUCACAACUGGUACAAGCACCAACUAGAAAGGAUGCUUGUUUGGAUCUCGUUUUAACAAUGUUGAUCUUUUGACCAACAUUUGAGUAGGGUUGCAUUUGGGAAAUAGUGAUCACAAUAUGGUAUUUUUUUAAAUAAACUAAAAAAAGCAAAAGCACGUGGGAUAUACUAAAAUGUAUAAUUUAAAAAAAGCUAAUUUCAAUAAGAUUAGGGCAGCUCUGCAACAUAUUGACUGGCAUAAACUCCUUAGUGAAAAAAAAACCUGAAGAUAAAUGAAAACUCUUCAGAGAAAUAUUAGAAAGGUACAUUUCUGAGGGGGGCGUGGCCAGCAGUGAUACUGAGCGGACGUCUUCUCACGGAACUCUGCUCAGACCCAGAGAAAAACACGGUAAAAACCACGAUGUCGUGGUGAUUUCACCCGAGAGACAGACACCCCCCAAGCAGAGAGAAUGGGGAAGAAAAAUAAGAGGAAUCAAGGUCCAGCAAAGCCUCAACAGCCUGAUAUCAGACUAGCUUUCGAGAGGCCUGUGAACUUACAGAGACCUAAGAUGGCGCCUUAGGUAUCUGAAGCCUCCCUGGAAGAUGAAGACUCAUUACCCUCUCCUUGAUCCUACACUCCGGAGUCUGAGGAGUACAAGGCUCCUGCCACAAAGGCGUCAUAAAAAGGCUCUUGGUGUAGCUGAGGCAAGUCUGGAGGGACGACCUGCAGAAAGUGCAGACAGAGGUACGACAGAAGGUCCAAAGCCUGGAAAUAAGAGAAACCUCCAGGGAUGAAAAAAUACAGACUACAGGCCGUGACAUACAAGAACUUACCUCACAGGUAAAACAAAUGAGAUGCACAGUCACCACAAUGGAGGUCAGACACAGGUGGAAAAACUUGCGCCUCAGAGGCGUCCCCGAAACGGUCGACAACACACAGCUCCUACCCUACGUUCACACCCUCAUAACAGCCAUGGGCAUUACAGACAACCCCAACAUACCUCGGAUCCCUUCGGCAUUCAGAGUGCGGAAGUCUGCAGCAGCGCCCAAAGCAGCACCCAGAGACGUCAUUGUGCUAACCCGGGACAUCUCCGUGAGAUCUGCCAUAAUGACAAGAUCCAGAGAACUGGGGACGGUAUCGAUCGAGGGCCACAGAAUAGCUAUCUACCCUGAUACACCAUUCUCCGUCCUCACGGAAAAGAGACAACUGGCACCUAUAGCCAGGAAAUUAAGAGAAGCCAAUAUUCAGUAUCAUUGCAGAAUGGAAGGGUCCCUCCUCACAGAAAUUGAGGGUGAGAGCUUACAUCAGAGGAUGACCUGGAGCUCUUCCUACAAAGGGCCAUCCUAACAGACAUGCCACAACAAGGGACCUCACCCCCCACCAAGAAUCCAGGGGACUCAGAGAGCAUCAACAAACGCUGGCACAGCGGGCUGUCCAGCAACACAGUUAAGAGGCUGACUCCACUGCCCAAAGUUGCGAAACCCAGAUUCUACAAGUAAAUGGGGACCACACAGAGACAGAAGACGUUAAAAACCCCUUUGGGACACACCAUAACCCAACGGUCCACAGGACUCUGCAACUGGCCAUCGAUCCUUAUAGUCACAAGCGACCACCAAGUUUCAACAUAGAGACAAAAGAGACUGACUAGCGCCUUGUUCCUGAUCCCUAUUGUUAUACCCAUUACUAUUGGUAUACCCAUUAUGAUGUCAAUAUGCUCACACAUGAUACUUAUCUGAAUAUAUUGGAAAAGUUGAAUAUGCUAUUCUAAACUUAAUAAAAUACAAAUUAAAAAAAAAAAAGAAAGGUACAUUUCUCAGUAUGUACCAUUGGGUAAUAAAUAUAAAAGAAGCAAAUUUUAAACAAAUGUAGCUUACAAUAGAAGUAAAACAAGAGAUUAAAAAUAAAAAAAGGGCAUUUAAAUAGGACAAAUCAGAGGCAUCCUAUAUAAGAUAUAAGGAAGCCAAUAAUACUUGCAAAAAGGCAAUUAAGGGGGCUAAACUAGAAAAUGAGAAAUUGAUAGCAAAAGAAUGCAAAACCAACCCCAUAAAAUUUACAUCAAUUCUAAAAACAAAUAAUUAAAAAUGAAAGUGUAGGUACACUGGAAACAGGGAUGGGUCUGUUAGUUAAUGAAGACCAGGAAAAAUCUGAAAUUUUAUAUAGCAAUUUUUCUUCAGUAUAUAUUAAUGAGGAUCCUAUGGCAAGAGAUAUGCAAAUGAUUGCUGCAAAAAACUUGCAGAUAACUUGUGAUUAGAUAACUCGAGACAAGGUGCUACACCAGUUAAAGAAAAUUAAUGCAACUAAAGCUCCAGGGCUUGACGGUAUUCACCCACGAGUACUUAAGGAGCAAAUUGGGGAAAAAGGUGAACCUCUGUAUUUAAUCUUUUAAGAUUCUUUUGUUUCAGGUAUUGCACCAGAGGAUUAGAUGAAGGCAGAUGUUGUUCCUAUAUAAAAAGGGUUCAAAAUCAUUGCCUGGAAAUUAUAGACCUGUGAGCUUAACUUCUGUGACUGGGAAAAUAUUUGAAGGCCUAUUAAGUAAGGAAUAAUUGAUGACAGGCCAUUGAAUAAUUGACGACAGGCCAGGGCUGGAGAGCAGGCAGAUCAUGUCUGUCACAGGGCACUCGUGUGAAACAAGCCUGAGAUGCUACUGGGCACCUUCCGCUACAGAAAGAAAGAAAUGGAGCUUGAUCCUCUCAGGAAACAAAAGUACGAACAAAAAUCAAGCCAAGGAUCACCAGGAAAAAAAAAGCCUCUGCUAACAUGCAGCCCCAUACGCUUGAUCUGCCAUUUUCGAUGUCUAACUUCACAAUCAAUGGGAAUGUGCAGUUUAAUUGGAAUAAAUAAAGUAUAUAGUCCUAUCUAUAUAAUCAAUAGAAAAUUUAACUGAAUAUACACAAAUAGAUAGUCCUACUGCACAGGUUUUCAUUACAGCCUACUGUCAAUAAUAGAAAAAUAAAAUUAACAAAUGAAUUAAAACGAAUGAAUUAAUAAAUAAAUUAAAUAUUGACGCACAUGCUUUUCUGUCUCAUUAUUGCAACCUCUCUCUGUCUUUCUAAUAACUGCACUAAUCUGCUAUCAGUGGCUCAAAUCUCCGUUACUAACUCUUAAAUUACGUUUUGGAAUUAGCAACAAAGGCAUGGGAAUUGCUACGUAAGAAAUUAGUCCUACAUACAAGAGCGUUUUAAUGAAAAAAACUAGACAAACGUCUUGAAAUACAUCAUCUGAACAAUGUUUUGAGGUGUGGUAACUGUAGUAUAAGUGGAAUAAUUGACUCCAGGCUGUUACAGUUACAGUUAUUACAGUUGACUACGCGAAGUGAUAUGGAACUGUAAUGCGGUCAAGACCUGUCUGGAACUACUUUAGCCGUGCAUCCUGAAAAUAAUGCACACCUUAGAACGUUCGUCAACCAAUCAGAUUCAAGCAUUCAACGGCCCUGUAGUAUAAGGGAUAAUAUUCAGGAAUUUAUUGGGAAGAACUUUAUUAUCACUAAUCAGCAUGGUUUUAUGAAACAUAGGUCAUGUCAAACUAACCUACUUGCAUUUUACCAAGAAGUAAGUAGAAGUAUAGAUCUGGGUAUUGCAGUGGGUGUGAUCUACUUGGAUUUUGCCAAGGCAUUUAAUACGGUUCCUCACAAUAGGUUAAUCUUCAAACUCAAAGAAAUUGGUCUGGAUGAAUAUUCUUGUUUAAUGUUAAAUUUUCAAGCUGGACAAAAGUGGUAAGUGGUGUCCCUCAGGGUUCUGUUUUGGGACCGCUUCUAUUUAACAUAUUUAUAAAUUAUCUUGAAAUAGGCAUUGAAAGCCAUGUUUUAGUGUUUGCAGAUGACACAAAACUUUGUAAAUGUGAGCUUGAUAUUGCUUUGCUGUAGAGGGAUUUAGAUAGAUUGGGGGACUGGGCACUAAAAUGGCAGAUGAAAUUUAACAUAGAGAAAUGCAGAGUUAUGCACUACGAGGUCAAGAAUGCACAAGCAACUUACACCCUAAAUGGUAGUUAGUAAUUAGGGAUAACAACACACGAGAAGGAUUUAGGAAUUGUUAUAAACAACAAAUUAGGCAGCAAUAUGCAAUGUCAAUCUGCAGUUGCUAUGGCCAGUAAGGUUUUGUCAUGUAUAAAUAGGGGCAUAAAUGCUCAAGUUGAAAAUAUAAAUUUUGCCUCUUUAUAAAUCACUGCUAAAACCACACCCUGAAUGUCCUGUACAAUUUUGGGCACCUCUCUUAAAGAAGGACUUUAUGGCACUAGAAAAAGUGCAGAGGCAGGCUACAAAAUUAAUAAAAGGAAUGGAACAUAUCAGCUAUGAAGAAAGGUUAACAAAUUUAAAUCUCUUAAGUUUAGAACAACAGUGCCUCUCGGAUGAUAUAAUUAAUAUGAUAGAAUUAUACAAAUCGAUUCAGGGCUAAUACAAACUGUCUGGAAAUCUAUUUUUAUAAACAGGGCUAUACAUAGGACCCAAGGUCACGCGUUUAGGCUGAAAGAAAGGAGAUUUAAUCUAAGGCAAAGAAAAGUUAUUUUUUACAGUAAGAGCAAUAAGGAUAUGGGAUUCUCUGCCUGAAGAGGUGGUUGUUAUCAGAGUCCAUACAGAUGUUUAAACAGCAGUUAGAUAAAUACUUGCAAAAACAUAACACAGGGAAAUAAUUUCGUAUGGGAUUUAGUGGGAUAAUAGCUGCUUGAUCCAAGGAGAUAUUUGACUGCCAUUUUGGGGUCAAGAAGGAAUUUUUUCCUAGUUUGUUGCAAAAUUGGAAGCGCUUCAGACUGGGGUUUUUUUUUUUUCCUUCUUUUGGAUCAACAGCAAAAACAUAUGUGAGGAAGGCUGAACUUGAUGGACGCAAGUCUCUUUUCAGCUAUGUAACUAUGUAACUUUUGUGCUGAGGUAUCCGUUUCACUGCAAAUAUUUUUAGUAAAUAAAAGUAACACAAUGCUUUAUUUUGCGCUCUAACUAUUUCUACUUUCUCUCGCAUUAUAUAGGACUAUAUCAUUGUUAAGAAGUGUGCCAAUCAUGCAAGCUGUAGCAGCAGUACUAGUGGGUCAGAAGUAUCCUCUACUAUGCAAAGCUCUUUCAUGGGUUCCACUUUUCUCCGUGGUACAAGAGAAGGACAACAAUCUUAAAAUUAUUGAAAUCACUAACACGAUCAUUCACCUGUUGACUGGAGAGGUGAGCGAUGAUUGAACAAUAUUGCAUUACAAAAUAAAGGGAAGUUGUAAUGCACUAACAAUGUUGACAGUAAGCCAUGUUGUUUGAAAAUCCAAAAUGCCCCAAUUUUUUAACACGUCACUUCAAGCACAACUGUACAUCAUUGCAGAGGUUAUAACAUACAGAGUGCGGCACCUACUUUAUCUUCAUAGUGGGGCUGUAAAAAUCACGGCAGCUGUAGUCAGCCCGCUGGUCCUAAGAAAGGAGUUCCUAUUCUAUAAUACUACAAAUGAUACCGCACUCAACGUAAAGAAAAUAUAAAGAUUUAUUUAGCAGAACAUUGCCAUAUACCUAUAUAUAGCUCUCAUACCUAUCUAUUCUGAGAGUGAAGAUAAAGUGACAAAAGCAGAACAUUUUUUUUCUUAAGUGUUUAAUAUGUGCAUAAAGUGAUAAUAUUGGUAUAGUACACUAUCUACUUUCUUAUGUAUAUAUAUAAGCAAGAUCAUACACAAAACCAUGAAUAAGUACUCAAAUGGAAAGUGCAUCCGAUAAGAAAUAAUUCCUGCAGGAAUCUCAUUUGAUGUAGGAAAUAGUUCAAUAUUUGCAUUGUGCAUAGUUCAUUUCAUCAGAAAAACAUUUAAUUGGAAAAUUGAUUGCAACCAUAAUCAUACUUGAUGUAGCAUAUCUUUCGCUGGUUGCACUGUACAAUGAGGUAGAAAAAUUCAUGAAGCAAAUAAUGGGGAAGAACAAAUAAUUCUCCUAAUAUAGAAAAAAAUAUAUACAUGCGUACAGAGCUAUGUGCACAAAAAAAAAAAAAAAAAAAAAAAAAAAAAAGGAAAACUAUAAUAAAAAGUAAAAAAACAUGAUUUUUUUAUUUUUAAAGUGUAAAACAGUCCGUAUGUAUAUAUAACAUUAUCCUGCCAGGAAUAUAGAUUCGAUCUCACCCAUGUUUUACAGCCUCUUUAACUCCAGGGUAUAUACAAAUUUGCAGAUGAGUGUGAGAUCCAAUGUAAGGUUGCAAGUAACUGGGUUCCACUUGAAUGAGACAGCUAAGAUACAGGAUUCAGAUGAACGUGAUAGGUAAGAUCCAAGGUUCCUGGGCUGCGUGCUCGGGAUACCACGUCCCUUCGAUGGCCCCGGUUAAAAGAAAGUAGUAGACAUCCUUAAAUAGGCUGACUUUGCCGCCAAAAUGUGCAUCUGGACGUUCCUCUCACGUUCCUCUAUACAUUGCUAUGUCAAUUUCAACUUUUUAGUGUGCUUGUGACACACACAGGUAAGGAGAGUCGUGCUGCAGCCAUAUGCACGUUCCUUUCCAGGUCAUAUGAGCCCCGCUUGGUGAUUUAUUUUACGUUUAUGGGAAAAGAUUGUGGCCCUCCCUGCUAGCAUAUAUUGGUCUUUGCAUUGAUGGCUAGAUCACUAUAGUCUUUCUUCUGGCCCCUCUUGAAACAGAUGACCAUUUCCUAUGAUGCACCUGGCAAGAGGGUGUUUCCAAACAAAGCUAAUGGUCGCUAGUAGAAUCUGGAUUCGCCAUCAACGUUUUGGCCUUUCUAGCAGAUUGAUGAGCCCUGUGACAUUGUCCAAGCCUUCUUUGGCACAAUAACGUGAUGAUUCAUUUAGUUUGUAACCCUCAAUCGUCAAGUUGUACAAGGAGUCAGAAUCCUCAGGAUAUGGUUGCUUUAAUCAUCUCAGCCAAGUCAUGUCAAGCAGCCUAUAUACAUUUCAGAUUUAUUAAGCAGACACAUGAUAUGGCCUAAUUAAUGGAAUCUUUAUUCAGAUGUCUUUCUGAACUAAAUAAUAAUUGAGAUCAUAUUAGUGUCUUUAGAAUUCGUCACAAAGUCAGAUUUAUUUUUCCUAAGACUGUUAUGCCAUAGCUCAGAUUGGAACAUAGUAGGCCUGCAUUAAUCAAGACAUAAAUAUCAUCAGGGCUUAACACUGAGCAAAAGCAUCAAUCAAACGUUAAUCAGACAGACGUAAUGUGAUAGAUCUAAUGGACUUCAGUCAACAUGUACAUGUAAAAAAAAAGUUCAUUUAAUUGUUUUAAUAUUAACAAGUGCUCUUAAUAAUAACUUAUCUGGCCAUGCCAAACAUAGUGUACUUACAAAUAUAGGUAUUGGAUUCUGUCCUAUAUGCAGAUAUUUGUUUUCCACCAAGCUACCAUACAUACCACCAACUUGGACGAGUGGACUUGACAACUCAUGAUAGGGACAUACAUGUAGAGAAAUUUUAAAUUAUGCACUUCGACAUAAAGAAUACCAAGGCAAAUUACAUCCUAAAUGGUAGUAGAUUAGGGAUAACACACUAGAAUGAUUUGGGAAUUUUAUAGGCAACAAUAGGCAAUUGUCAUGUAUAAAAAGGGCAAUAAUUCUUGGGAUGAAAAUAUAAUUUUAUAAAUCACUUUAAAUAUCCUGUGCGAUUUUGGGCACCUCUUUAAAGAAGGAUUUUCUGGUACUAGAAAAAUUGCAGAUGCAGGCUACCAAAUUAAUAAAAAAAAAAAAAUGAAACAGUUUAGUUAUGAAGAAAGGUUAACAAAUUUAAAUCUCUUAAGUUUAGAACAACAGUGCCUCUAGAAGAUAUGACAAAUAGAAUCAGGGCCUGUAACGGAUCGACGGGCACCCCGACUGGGUACCUCCGUUGAAGGAUGCUCCUAGCGCUUCCUGAGGUCUCCAAGCACUCCAGCCGACACCAUAACCACCGUAGACUCUUUCAGAGAGCACGACAGGAACAAGCUCUUAAAAGAGCUUAGGAGUGAUUAUAGCAAGGGAAUAUGCAGAGCAUAGCAAUACCCUGUAGCAGAUUCCCCCAAUAAGAGACGGCACUCCAAAUUGAGGGUGAAGUAGAACUGAACUUUUAUUCAAACACUCUGCUUUUAUGCCCAUUCUACAAACAUAGUACCUCCCACAGGGUUUUGAAGUACAACCAAUCAAUACAUACAAUACACUCAAACACUCCCACACAAAAUCCUCCCCUCUGCCUGUUAUAUAAUUACUGAACACAAUGGGCUAACGUAAUUAUCACAGGCAGGAAAAUACACAGUUUUCUCCAAAAGUAUACAUCACAUUACAUUUUCAGAAUCGGCAUACUCCAAAUACAAACAUACUCAAAAAUCAGACAAUUCCUUCCAUUGGUUUAAAAGUUAGGUCGAAGUCCUUUGUGACCACUGACGCAUGGCUUUCCAGCCAAAACCAGUUCCACAGAGUCCUCUAUCCUGGAGAUAAUUGGCUUAAUUGGGUGUGGUAAGCCAACUAUCUCCAGGUACAGAAAAUGUCUCUAUUCACAACAACAGCAAAAAUACAUAAUUCCUAUCAUACUGAACAGAACUCCCACAUUCAUGCCCAGAUGGCUUGGAUCUGAGUGCUCAAUAUAUCCAAACAGCGCUCAGAUCCCACAAACACAGUCAAAUCGCCAUGGGGUUUAAGUCUAGCAUUGGCUGAUGAGAGGGUCCAUAGUCACAGGGUAGGAGGCUGGCAAACAGUCGUCUCCAAUGCCCAGUGGCGAGGCUGGUUCUGCCACAGGGCCAAUACAAACUAUUGUCUGGAAAUCUAUUCAUAAACAGGACUAUACAUAGGACACAAGGUCACACAUUUAGACUGGAAAAAAAAAGAGAUUUAGUUUAAGGCAAAGGAAAGGUUUUUUUUUUGUUUUUUGUUUUUUUUACAGUAAGAACAAUAAGGAUGUGGAAUUCUCAGCCUCGGGUAGUUUUAUCAGAGUCUAUACAGAUGUUUAAACAGAAAAUAGAUGAAUACUUGCAAAAACAUAACAUUCAAGGAUAUAAUUUUUAAUUUGUGGGGUAAAAUUUCCUUGAUCCAAUGAGAGAUCUGAUUGCUAUUCUGUGGUCAAGAAGAAAUGUUUUCCUAAAGUGGGUUUUUUGCAAUUCUUUUGGCUCAGCAGCAACAACAGAUGUUUGAAAUGCUGAACUUCAUGGAUGCAUGUUUCUAUGUAACAUCUUCAGCUUCAUCCCUGGAAAAUGCCACUUCUAAGUUAAUACCAAAUUUAAGUAAAGUUUGGGAAAAUCAACCCUCUGUCUGCUUGAACAUUGAACAUUAAAAAACAUAAUUUGACAGCUUGCUUUUAAAUUACAAGUGAAGCCAUAUGCAAUGCAAUAUGUACAAAUGUAAUAUCGAAGUGCAUUCCUGCUUAAAGACAUUGCAUUAAUCCAUGUAUUAAGCAUGCAUUUAACAUUGAUACCUUGACUUAUAAACCUUUACCAGGUGGGGAUUAAAAUGUGUUCUUGGAUCAGCAUCCAUUUAGAUACUUAUGUCAUUCCAGACUGUUGUACCAGACACUAUAACAUCAGCAGAACAUAUGAGAAAGGUUCAGGCGCUCUUUGUGUGGGAGCCUGUGGUUUUCCACAAGAUGCUCAAACAGUAUCUUUUUCCUGUCCUUUCACUACCCUUAAGAGGUAAUUUUAUACAGAGUUUGAGAAAAAAAAUAUAUAUUUUGUUUGCAUCUUAAAGGGACAUAUAUUACUUGACAAUUAUUAUUUUUUUUUUUAAAUUAGCAAGGAAACACUUCUAAACAAAUAUACAAAGCAAGAAAACCGCUGAAACGUAUGUAAUAAACAUUCAUAAACUUGGUCAGCUUGCAUUACUGGGAACGCCUCACAGCUAGUGCAGUUCCUUCAGCUGACCCUCCCGCUUACCCAUCCGUCUCAAUAUCAGACCAGUCCACUAAUGAUAGAUAUAGGGCAUCAGCAGGAGAGAUAAACCAGAUACUGGAGCCUGCUCUGCAUGAAUCACACUGAUCAUACGCCCUUUCCUCUCAUAAUAAGGUUAAAGGACCACUAUAGGCACCCAGACCACUUCAGCUUAAUGAAGUGGUCUGGGUGCCAGGUCCAUCUAGGAUUAACCCUUUCUGCUGUAAACACAGCACUUUCAGAGAAACUGCUAUGUUUACUUUAGGGUUAAUCCAGCCUCUAGUGGCUGUCUCAUAGACAGCCGUUAGAGGCACUUCUGCGCUUCUCACUGUGAUUUUUCACAGUGAGAAGACGCUAGCGUCUAUAGGAAAGCAUUGAUAAUGCUCUCCUAUGGACUGGCUGAAUGCGCGCGCUGCUCUUGCUGCGCAUUCAGCCGAUGACGGCGAAAAGGAGGAGGAGAGUUCCCUGCGCCGAGGGAGCCUGGCGGGGGAAAACAGGAAAGAUUUAACCCCUUCCACCCCCUAGAGCCCGGCGGGAGGGGGACCCUGAGGGUGGGGGGGACCUAGAGACCCUAUAGUGCCAGGAAAAAGAGUAUGUUUUCCUGGCAUUAUAAUGGUCCUUUAACCCCUUAAGGACCAAACUUCUGGAAUAAAAGGGAAUCAUAACAUGUCACACAUGUCAUGUGUCCUUAAAGGACCACUAUAGUGCCAGGAAAACAUACUCGUUUUCCUGGCACUAUAGUGCCCUGAGGGUGCCCCCACCCUCAGGGACCCCUCCCACCUGGCUCUGGAAAGAGGAAAGGGGUUAAAUCUUACCUUUUUCCAGCGCUGGGCGGGGAGCUCUCCUCCUCCGAUCCUCCUCUUCUCCUCCCCGUCGGCUGAAUGCGCAAGCGCAGCAAGAGCUGCGCGCGCAUUCAGCCGGUCACAUAGGAAAGCAUUCAUAAUGCUUUCCUAAGGACGCUGGCGUGCUCUUUCUCUGAAACUGCUAUGUUUAUGAAAAAAUGGGUUAAGCCUAGCUGGACCUGGCACCCAGACCACUUCAUUAAGCUGAAGUGGUCUGGGUGCCUAGAGUGGUCCUUUAAGGGGUUAAGGUAUCUUCCAACUGCACAUGUGGAAAUCCUUUCCAGCAUUCAUAGGGAUAGGUCCCCCUUGAGUUGGUGUAGAAUGCAUAAGAAAAAAGCAGCAGGUAACUAUGAAAAAAAUCAUAUUUACCUGAUUUUAUUUUUCAGCCUGUUAAGUGAGUCAACUAAAGAUUUUGAAUGAGGCGGCCAUCUCAGAGUGAUGUAUGUGGUGACAUGCUGGUUUUAUCUAUUACUCCACUUAUUCUAUCAUUUAUUUGUUAUUACUAUAUGCCUCAAUCAUAAUCUAUCAUUUCAUAUUUAUUUACAGCUGCUUAUGAACUUUUAACAGUGUUGACACACUUUUUCAUUGUUUUCGAACACUUUAUACCUUAAGUUAAGCAGUCACGCUUAAAGAAUAAGAUUUAUUACAACCUAAUUCCCUUUAACUAGCAGAACAGCCAAUACGAUUCGAUAUGACAGCUGACAACAGUUCUCAGCAAAUCAGCGAAUAACUAGAAAGUGAAAACGAACACUACAUAUAUAAAAAAAUAGCAUAGGAGUUUGGGGGAUUAUAGUGCCCACUAUGCACAUAAUGCAAGGUUAUAGGAUUAGCCACUGAUAACUUUCAUACUGUGAUGUAAUUGCAAAGUUAUCAUGUUGUGUUAACCCUGCAAUCUCAGCAUAUUGAUCUCAAGAUCUUGUGAUUAAUGACAAACGUAAAAGAAACACUAGAAACCCCUAAACCUCUUCAGCUUGCUAAGUAAUUUAGGUUACAAAUGCAUUUCCCCCUUGUUUUAUUUUUCAAAGUGCCAAUUUCAAAAGACACCAGCACUUUUGUAAGUCCCUUUGGUAACACCUCCUAGUUGUCAACCAGACAGAAACAGAAGUAAGAGCUUCUUGUAUAGAAGUGUUGAUUUUAUUGGUUUUCUUUGAGCAGAUCUUGGUUAUUGCCGUGCCUGCUCCCUAUACUUCUCUACGAUGCUUGUGUUGAUCUCAAUGGAGGGGGGUGGAGUGGAGCUGAAGUGAAAAGACAACAAACUCAACACUGCAUUAAAUGUAAAUUACUUGGGUUUGGUGGGGGUUUUUUGUUUGUUUUUCUGAAGACACAUUUGGAGGGGCCUUAAGUCUCAAAUAGAAAUGGGAAACAUCAAACCUUAAAAAUAAAUGUAUUUAUCGGAUUUAAAGUUCAUAAUGGUUAUUCACUGAUAAUAUUGUCAGAAACCAGAUGAAGGCAAAUUUGGAUUGUAAUCAUGUAGAAAGCAAGCAAACAUGCAACACCAAGCAAAGUUCAGAAACCAUUAUCAAAUGAAACCAAACAGUUGUUUGUGAUUGAGACCCACGUUUUUUAAGUUUACGGAGGCUAUGUAUUUUUCCCUCUGUCGAUGAUUGCUUUGUAUGAUAAAACAAAUUGGAAGAGAAUGGUUCCAGACCCUGUUUUACAAUGUUGUUUUCUUUUUCUCCAUGGAGGAGGAGCAACAUUUAGAAGAUUACAGAGAUCAUUCUGAAGAAAUAACAAUGGCAAAUCUUCAGCCUCUCAGCUCACUAGGCAAGUGAAGUUUCUAAUUACUCGUCAUGUGUAAAGCAGAUAUUCCCACUUUGAUAAAUCUUUCAUUAGUAAAAUUUUUAUCAAUGAGGAAAACAACAAAUUUAGUUUGGUAAUUAAAGGGUUACUCAAAACACCAUAACUACAGCAGUUUCUGUAGUAGUAAUGGUGCCAAGAGUCCACUGACACCAUCCCCUGGUAAGGACUCAAACAGCUUCUGUUUGUUUUCACACCUGGAUCUCCUGGGUCCCCCGGUCCUCUGGGUCUUUAUAAUGUCAACGUUAUCAUUCCACAUUGGCUAUAAUCAUUUUUGAGCAACUUUGCACUUCAUUUAUUGGCGGAGGAUCAGAGAGCAGUAAGAGUCUCUGCUCCUUUUACAAUUUUGCUGAACUGACCACAAGGUGAUGCUGACAGUUCUGUAUGUGAACACCUACAUCUCAUUACACAAAGCAGUAUAACUGGGCAGGACUGCAAACACAUAGUCCAAGUAUAAGGUUAGGGACAGAUAUAGAUUAGACCCAAGGCAACUUUCCAGAAUAAACUGUCUUGAUAAUGCAAUAGGGACAUCUCUAAUUCGAGUAUUAUUUUUGAGGCUACGUUUUUGCAGAAUUAGUUAAGUUCUAUAUGACAAAGCUGUUGUAGAAUGAGUCAGUGGGCUAAUUUUAAAAUUGAAGAAUGGGUGUCCGCUAAAAGUAUACACAUGAUUUGGGUCCCUGUCAAAAUAAAGUGGCAUGGUAGUAUAUAUUUUAUUGAAAAUAGAAAUGUAUUUCUGUUUGGGGAUAAUAUGCAUAGGGGGGACAGGUUAUUUGUUUCAGUGUCAUUUGGGAUUGUGUCAUUUUUUUUCUAUCUGAUAUACCGAUACUGGAUUAUUGCUACACACUUUUAGAUAAUAUGAACUAAUACUAUUGACGUGAAUGCAAUGUUUUCCAUAACUGAAAAUUUUACUCUCUUUUAAAUAGAUUGUGCAAGCAAAGAAUGUGGGAAAAAAAUAAAGAAUGGAGCCAAAGACAAGAUAUCAAAUAAGCGAAACAGAAAACGUAGGUCUGAGCGAAAUUUGGGAAAAGAAUCUUCCUUGCAUGAUGAAGUUGAAGGAAGUCCAAGUUACUUAUCUGCAGAAAAUGCAGAAGAUGAUUAUAUUGCAAUUAUUAUUAAGGAGGAAUCCAGUUCAUGUGAUGAAGACAAUAUUACAGACCACGGCCUUUCUACACCUGCAGAACAGGAAAAGUAUGUAUCUGUUUGUGUUAAAGAGGAAUCCUCAACUGAAAAAGGCAAGCUCAUAAACUCUGACACAUCCAUGAAUCUUACGCAAGCAGACAAUACAUUUGUUCACAUUAAGGAAGAAUCGGUAUCGUGCGAAGAAGGAAAUUCCACUGAUUCUGACAUGCUUGUACCUUCAUUAUUUACACUUACACAAUCCAAUAAAAAUUUCAAAUACACACAGAAAACUCCUAAUGUGUCCAUAGAAAAAUGUUCAAAAUGUGGAGCAAAUUUCAAAAAGAAAUCCGAUUUUAUCUCUCCUGAAUCAACACACACCAAGGAAAAGCUAUAUAACAACUCAGAGUGCCAGACAUGUAACUUGGAUCGUAUUAAAAAGGCAGUUCACAAUAGAAAGAAGCUAGCUUGCUCGUUAUGCGGGAAAGAAUUUUCAUAUAAGUCACAGCUUGCUACACAUCAAAGGAAUCAUACAGGAGAGAAACCGUUCUCAUGUCCUGAAUGUGGAAAAUCUUUUACUUGGAAUUCACAUCUUGCAGCACAUGUAAGAAUUCAUACUGGAGAGAAACCUUUUGCAUGCUCGUUGUGUGAGAGAAGUUUUACUAAUAGUGCAAGUCUUGUUGCACAUCAAAGGUCUCAUACGGGAGAGAAGCCAUUCUCCUGUUCAAUAUGUGGGAAAUGUUUUACAAAUAGCACUUAUCUUGUUACUCACCAGAGGAUUCACACUGGAGAGAAGCCAUUUUCAUGUUCUGAAUGUGGGAAAUGUUUUACCGACAAAUCUAGCUUUAUUAGACACUUGAGAAUUCAUAUAGGUGUGAAACCAUUUUCAUGUUCUACAUGUGGGAAGUGUUUCAUUGAGAAAGGGAGUCUUCUUAGGCACCAAAGUAUCCAUUCAAAAAAGAAACAAUAAGUUAUUUAUGGUAAAAUCCACAACUGAUUUUGAAUGUUUGAACUGAUAUUUAUAUAAUAUAUGAGUGAUAUAUUUCAUUUGUUUUCUCUAAGGACCUUUGCCCCCUAUUUAUUCAUUUUUCAGUUUAUAUUUUCCUGUUUAUUUUUAAUAAGCACCAUAAGCGGUCUUGCAUAUGCUGUUUGAGGCCUAGCUAAGGUUUUGGGAGGAGUAUAAUUAUGAACUUAUUUCUUGUGCAUUUCAGUAAGGGGGUUUACCCCAAUUCCCAAUAUCCUUUCUAGUUUGCUUCUUUUUUUUAAUGUUGCAUACGGUUUUGGAGUAAUAUUUAUAUAAUAGGUCAAUACCUCUCAAAAUGCUAUGUAAUCAAAUCAAGCAAUUCGGAAAGAAAACUUCUAAUUUUGUGGUAUUUUUAUUUGUUUGUCAUCUGAACAAUAUCUAGAUUAGAUGGUGAAAAUAAACCAAGCAGUGAUUUGUGUUAUACCGACACGAAUGUGUGUUAAAUGCACACACAUGUCAAUCUUCACCAAAAGAAUGAAAAUUGUCUCCCUUCCCCUUGAGCUGAAACAUAUCUGUGUUAGCUGUGAGGAUGGAGGGGAUUCGAAGUGGUCUAGUAUGCAGGGAUGUCCUUGGUAUAGGAAGGAAGAGAAAAGUCAUGCACUACCAUGUCCAGCCUCCUUUAUGCUCUCACUUCAAUUUUUACAGUUCAAAGCCAGCCUGAAACUUGGGGAGGUGUAUACUGGAGUGAUUACAUUACAAAACCCUACACACCGUGCAGUUAGUAGUAAAUUCUUUGAAGUGAAUGAACGGCUGGCUGCUUGGCAUCACUGUAAAAUGUUGGAGAGGCAGAGGGAGCUCAGAAGUGGAGAGAAAUCACUGUGCUAGGCAACAUGGCCUCCCACCCCAUUCACCUUGCUACUCUAGGCUCAGGCUUAGUCAUUCUAUUUGAUAAUACGAUCAUUCAGACCAGUCUACCUCCACAUUCAUCUAAGACUUUUCUGUUUUGUUAGAGUUGUCAUUAAUGGUAAAUUUUCAAGCUGGACAGAGUUGGUAAAUGGUGUCUCUCAGGGUUUUGUUUUGGGACUCCUUCUAUCGAACAUGUUAUAAAUGAUCUUGAAAAAAGCAUUAAAAGUCAUGUUACAGUGUUUGCAGAUGACACAAAAUUUUGUAAACUAAUACAAUGUGAGCAAGAUAUUACUUUGCUGCAGAGGGAGUUAGGCUGGAGGACUGGGCACUCAAAUGGCAGAUGAAAUUUAAUGUAGAAAAAUGCAAAGUUAUGCACUUUGGGGUAAAUAAUGCACAAGCAACUUGUACUUUAAAUGGAAGUGAAUUAGGGAUAACAACAAACGAGAAGUAUUUGGGAAUUGUUAUAGACAACAAACUAGGCAACAAUGUGCAAUGUCAAUCAGCAGUGGCUAAGGCCAGUAAGGUAAUGUCAUGGAUAAAAAGGGCAUUAAUUCCCGGGAUGGGAAUAUCAUUUUGCCUCUUUUAUAAAUCACUGGUAAGAUCACACCUUGAAUAUGCUGUGAAAUUUUGGGCCCCUGUUCUAAAGAAGGAUAUUAUGGUACUAGAAAAAGGGCAUAGGCGGACUACAAAAUUAAUAAAAUGAAGAAAGGUUAACAAAUUUAAACCUCUUUAGUUUAGAAAAAAUGUCACCUCAGAGGGGAUAUGUUACCAUUAUCCAAAUAUAUCCGGGGCCAAUACAAAUGGUUGUGUGGAAAUCUAUUUACAAACAGGACUAUACAUAGGACACGAGGUCGUGUUUAGACUAGAAGAAAGUAGAUUUAGUCUAAGGCAAAGGAAAGUUGUUGUUUUUUUACCAUAAGAACAAUAAGGAUGUGGAGUUCUCUGCCUGAAGAAGUGGUUUUAUCAUAGUCUGUACAGAUGUUUAAACAGCUACUAGGUGCAUAUUUGCAAAAAACUUAAUAUUCAAUUAUAUAAUUUUUCACCUGUAGGGUAAUAGCUUAUUGAUCCAAGGAUCAAUCUGACUGCCAUUAUGGUGUCAAGAAGGAAUUUUUUUCCCAGUUUGUUGCAAAAUUGGAAGUGCUUCAAACUAGUGUUUUUUGCCUUCUUUUGGAUCAACAGCAAAAACAUACACGAGAAAGGCUGUCUCUUUUCAGUCUAUGUAACUAUGUUUUAUAAAGAGAAUUACUCACUUCUCCUCAGCCUUUCCUUAAUCAGUGAUGUGGAAUUCUUAUCCCCUGAUGCCCAGGAUAUGUAGUUUUGGUCACAAGGCAGGCAGUUUGCCUUUUUUUUUUUUCUUCUUUAGCCCUGCCACAUGCAAGCAUUAGGGGAGUUGGGGCAUGUUCUUACAUUUUGUGUCACUUUACCCCACUCCCUUCUAGCAUGUAAGCUCACUGAGCAGGGCCCUCAACCCCACUGUUCCAACUUUUCUGGUUACAAUUACAUGGUUGUUGGUCUACCCACUGUAAAGCGCUGUAGAAUUUUUGGCACUAUGAUAAUAAUGUAGCAUGUGGCUUGCAUCUCCAGUAGUAGUCCUAACACAGCCAUCAGUAUUACCAGCCUGACUCACUGAGUGCCAGGACUGUAGAAGUGUUAACUGUGGUCUGCAGUGGCCAGAAGUGCAAACCAUUCACUCCCUCACUGGGCCACCAGGAAGUUUUAACCUUCUGGAUAACCAGGAAGCAUAGCUAAUCGUCCCUGCAAAAAGGUAAGUGUUCGAUAGAACAUGUUGGAUAGAAGGGAUCCAAUAACCAAGUAGGUCACCACAGCUUUAUAUCCAUCUGUUAAUACCCUGACCGAAAGAAGGUUUCAGAUUAGUCUUUUCUGCAAUUAUCAAAAUAGUUUCCUCCAGCAACAACCAAGUGCAAAGAAUACACAAACUAUCAUAGCUUAAAAUUGUACAAUAUAACUGAAACUGUUCUUAAUAAUGGAUGUGUAUGUAUUAUAAGGGAUUCUUCACCAGAACUCGUUAAAAUUACAUUAAUAACUUUAGAAGUAGUUAUGAUAAUUCAUCAAUAAGUAAAAUGUACAAAAAGAAUGUAUGCAUGUUUUGCUGAGUUCAGCCAAAGGAAAACCAUAUUUCUUACUCCCAUUCAAGUUUCAGAAAAAUGACAACUGCAGGGGAAUUUCAGAAAAAACACUGUCCAAGAACGCACCAUAAACAGCUUCCCUACACCCCACUAGCAAGGGCAUCCCUAGCAAUCUGGCACGAG